AUGAAGCAAAGUGGCGUUUUCCUGGGGCAGAAAAGUCUCAGUGUAGAAUUCAGCAGGAAGAAAGGGCGCUCUCUGGUCGGAUCUCGAGGGUGCUCCGUGCCGGUGCUGAAGGAGUAUGUUGGAAACUGGCGCCAGGGUUUCCGGGCGAGCUGCUUCGCCCGCGGCUGGAGGCUGGACCGGGUCUAUGGGACUUGUUUCUGCGACCAAGCCUGCCGCCUCACCGGGGACUGCUGCUUCGACUAUGCCAGGGCGUGUCCAGCUCGCCCGUGCUUCGUUGGGGAGUGGAGCGACUGGAGCGGCUGUGCAGACCAGUGCAAGCCAGCGACCCGGGUGCGGAGGCGCUCGGUGCGCCAGGAGCCCCAGAACGGCGGGGCGCCCUGCCCAUCGCUGGAGGAGCGAGCCGGUUGCCUGGAGUACGCGACCAGGCUCGGCCGGGACUGCGGGCGCGCCUUCGUCCCUGCCUUUAUAACUACUUCUGCAUUCAACAAGGAGAGAACAAGACAAGCUGCAUCUCCACAGUGGUCUACACACACAGAAGAGCCUGGAUACUGUAUGGAGUUCAAGACCAAGUCCCUGACUCCUCAUUGUGCUCUGGAAAAGCAGCCCCUGACUCGGUGGAUGCAGUAUCUCCGAGAGGGGUACACAGUGUGUGUGGAUUGUCAGCCGCCAGCUAUGAAUGCUGAGAGCCUUCGCUGCUCUGGAGACGGUCUGGACUCUGAUGGAAAUCAAACCCUUCAUUGGCAAGCAGUUGGCAAUCCUCGAUGUCAAGGGACCUGGAAAAAAGUUCGGCGCGUGGACCAGUGUUCUUGUCCAGCUGUUCACAGUUUCAUUUUUAUAUAGAUUUCCAUGUAAAGAUUUGAAAGUGUGUUUAUAAAUGUGCUAAAUAGUUUUAUGUUCAUCACAUCAUGAACCUUCACUGUUUGGCUGAGGUUCUGGAGCAAGUGUCGUUGCCACACAUUGAGGUACCCGAGAAAGAAAACAUAGGGCUCAUUCUCAACGAAAACAACGUCUUUUUUUAUUAAGAUGAGGACCCACCAUAAAAGCUCCUGUGGUCUUGUGUCCUUGACCUUCCAUCUGGUCACAGAAUAUAGGUCUUGUCUACACUAGAAUUACGACCAUGUGACCCAGUCCACUUUUUGGUGAGCUGUUAUUUCAGGUUUUCUAUUUUUAUCACACAUGUAUUUCCCAUUUUAUUCCAUAAGUUGUGAAAUAAUUUCAAGAAAGUUAUCAGAAAUAAUUUCCCACAGGACAAGUUGUUUAAAAUUUCUAGAAGAAUUUUGUAAUAAGAAAUCAACAGCUAUGCUGGAAUAUUUUUUGGAGAAGAAAUUUUCUUCAGUUAAUUGAAAAGAGCAAUCAAAUGCUCAUUCUAGAUUGACAGAUUUCCUUGAAGAGAGAUUUUGAUAUCAGCGAAUAAACAAUUGCUUUCAUUAUGAAAAUUCUAUCACCAUUCCUAGCUAAGAUCAUUCCCUAGGCUUAAAGCCUAAAGCUGAAUAAAAUAAUCUUUCAGAAACCAACUUCAAAUUUAGUUGAAGGGUGCUCACUACAGUACUGUUUUCCUAUAGCAUAAUAUAUAUAUA